UGAAAAGUGCAGGGUAUGUGGGUGGCGGUGGGUCUUUCCAGCCUAGCUAAGACGUGUCCAGAACCUCUUCAUGGGCGCAGCCGCCCGGGGUGGCUGGACGUCAGGGGACCGGGGACCCCAGCAUCUAUCGGGCGGUACUCCCGUGCCCCCUCUUCCAACCACCACCACCACCACUGCGGGGUUGAUCGUCCCGUUCUCACGCGUUUCUUCUGCCCCUUCCAGGCGCUCAGCACCUGCCCCGCCGCGUGCCACUGCCCCCUGGAGGCGCCCAAGUGCGCGCCGGGAGUCGGGCUGGUCCGGGACGGCUGCGGCUGCUGUAAGGUCUGCGCCAAGCAGCUCAACGAGGACUGUAGCAAAACGCAGCCGUGCGACCACACCAAGGGGCUGGAAUGCAAUUUCGGCGCCAACCCCACCGCUCUGAAGGGGAUCUGUCGAGCUCAGUCAGAGGGCAGGCCCUGUGAAUACAACUCCAGAAUCUACCAGAACGGGGAAAGCUUCCAGCCCAACUGUAAACACCAGUGCACAUGUAUCGAUGGCGCGGUGGGCUGCAUUCCCUUGUGCCCCCAGGAACUAUCCCUCCCCAACUUGGGCUGCCCCAACCCCCGGCUGGUCAAAGUGAACGGGCAGUGCUGUGAGGAAUGGGUCUGUGACGAGGACGCUGCUAAGGACCCCGGGGACGACAGGGACAGCCUCCUGGACAAGGGACUGAGAUUGGACGCCUCCGAGGUGGAGUUGACCAGGAAAAACGAACUGAUCGCCAUUGGAAAAGGUGGCUUCCUGAAGCGGCUCCCCGUUUUUGGACUGGAACCCCACAUCCUAUACAAUCCUUCAUCGACUGGCCAGAAAUGUAUCGUUCAAACAACUUCAUGGUCCCAGUGCUCAAAGACCUGUGGAACUGGUAUCUCCACACGCGUUACCAAUGACAACCCCGAAUGCCGCCUGGUGAAAGAAACCCGGAUUUGUGAAGUGCGGCCUUGUGGACAGUCAGUGUACAGCAGUCUGAAAAAGGGCAAGAAAUGCAGCAAGACCAAGAAAGCCCUUGAACCGGUCAAGUUUACUUACGCUGGCUGUUCAAGCGUGAAGAAAUACCGCCCCAAGUACUGCGGGUCCUGCGUCGAUGGGCGGUGCUGCACACCCCAGCAGACCAGGACUGUGAAGAUGCGCUUCCGCUGCGAAGAUGGGGAGAUGUUUUCCAAGAACGUUAUGAUGAUCCAGUCCUGCAGAUGCAACUACAACUGCCCACAUGCCAACGAGGCCGCCUUUGCUUUCUACCGGCUGUUCAAUGACAUUCACAAAUUUCGGGACUAAAUGCUACCUGGGCUUCCAGGGCAAAUAAGGGAGAAUGCUGUCAGAAUCUCGGAGACAUGGGUGGGGGUGGUGGGGGUGAAGGGGCUCUAUUGUAGAGGAAUUCUGCCUUGCUCGUUCUUGAGUAGUACUGAGGUGUUUGGAAACUGCCACGUGUGCUGCUGCAGAGGACACCAGUGCAGGAUACUAAUGUGAGAAUACUUUGCUUCAUAGUACUGGAGCACCUGUUACUGCUUCAUUUUGGAGCUUGUGUGUUGAUGAUGUUCUGUUUUCUGUUUGUCAAUUAUUCGGUAAGCAUAUUUUUCUUGACUUUUUGCCUUUUCAGUUCUGCGAUUGUAAAGGAGAAUGAGAUUAGUUAGACAGAUAAAGCCUUUGACAGAAUUGGAGAGCAAUCCAUCCCUCCUGAGGUGCCACUCCAUGAGUGACUGUGAGAGGCAGCUAUCUGCACUCGAAACUGCAAACAGAAAUCAGGUGUUUUAAGACUGAAUGUUUUUAUUUUAUUUAUCAGAAUGUAGCUUUUUUUGGGGGGAGGGAGGAGGGGAAAUGUAAUACUGGAAUAAUUUGUAAAUGAUUUUAAUUUUAUAUUCAGUGAAAAGAAUUUAUUUAUGGAAUUAAUCAUUUAAUAAAGAAAUAUUUACCUAA